ACCCUUAAGCAACCAGACCACGUGACCAGAGCGGGGCGGUCGAACUACAAGCCAUUUUGGGGACGGUGUCAGUUUCCACGGAGCACACACACACUGCUGCGUUUUACUGGGGGGCGAAGCGGAUAUUUUGGAGGCAAAGUUAUCGGUGCCGAAGUGGGAAGCUUUCCGAGCCGGAGCCGAAGGACCGGGAUCUCUUUGAAGGCAUCUGUCGGACACGCACACCCCGCGCAAUCGCCGAGGAAACGGGGAGUUUUUAUUCGCACAUCUGAAAUGCGCUCCAGUCCGCCGUGCGCUCUCCGCCACUGACAGCGUCUGCAGCCUGCUUCAAGAUGGCGGCUCUACUCCUAUUCAUUUUCUGCUGAUCGCCUCCCAACUUUCAUUGUCUACUCGCCUCGGUGCCCACCGAUUCCCGGCCGAGCCUUCAGGGAUUGUUGUUCCUUCCUCUCAACAUGCAUCGGACGACCAGGAUAAAGAUUACCGAGCUCAACCCUCACCUCAUGUGCGUCCUGUGUGGAGGAUACUUCAUAGAUGCAACCACCAUCAUCGAAUGUCUUCAUUCAUUUUGCAAGAUGUGCAUUGUGCGCUAUCUGGAAACCAGCAAAUACUGUCCCAUCUGUGAUGUACAAGUGCACAAAACCAAGCCAUUGCUCAACAUUAGGUCUGACAAAACUUUACAGGACAUUGUGUACAAACUGGUCCCCGGCCUCUUCAAAAAUGAGAUGAAGAGGAGAAGAGACUUUUACGCAGAGCACCCCGUAGAUGCGUCUAAUGGAACAAAUGAAGAUCGUGGAGAGGUGGCAGAUGAGGACAAGAGAAUUAUUACGGACGAUGAGAUCAUCAGCCUCUCUAUUGAGUUCUUUGAUCAAAGCAGACUGGGAGGAGCAGUGGAGGACAAGCAGUCGAAAGAUCAGGUGGCUAACAAGAGGUACUUGCAGUGUCCAGCAGCCAUGACAGUUAUGCAUCUGAGAAAGUUUCUGCGCAGCAAAAUGGACAUCCCAAACACCUACCAGGUUGAAGUCAUGUAUGAAGAUGAACCUCUGAAAGAUUACUACACGCUAAUGGAUAUAGCAUAUAUCUAUACUUGGAGAAGGAACGGCCCGCUGCCGCUGAAGUACCGAGUCCGACCCAACUGUAAGAAGAUGAAGGUGAGCCACGCGCAGCAGGAAGGUCAGAACAGCGCGAGCAGAUCCGGGCAGGAGAGCGAUUCUGCCAGCGACAAAGCCGGAAGUCCAGCCGGGGCUCCGUCCACGUCCUCGUCUCUGCCGAGCCCCGGCACGCCUGCGCAGUCCCCCCACCCGCAGCACCCGCACGGCAACAGCAACAACAACAGCAGCGGCAGCACCGUCAACGGGACUCCCACCGCCACAGCCCCGAGCCCUAGCCGACCCUUCACCCAGUUCUGCGGCGGCAACGGCGGCAAACCCCGAAAGGUUUCUCUGAACGGCUCGUCGACCUCAUCCGGAUGACGCGGGGCUCCAUGCAGUGCCGGACCGGACCAGACCAGCCAACGCCAGACACCCGCUCAGCUAAUACUGUUUUCAUGCCAACGUAGUUCCAUUGUGUAGACAAUGUUCUCUCUCUCUCUCUCUCUCUCUCUCUCCAUUUGUUGUUCUCAAUAUUAUGGCGUCAUCUGUAAGUUUAAACGUAGUGGAAUCGGAGACAUUUCAAAAUAAAAUAAAAAAGAAAGAAAGAAGAAAGGAAAAGCGGCGUGGGAAUUCUAAAAAGAAAACGAGAUGUCUAGGGUGGAGGAGGAGGGGAAAAGGAAGUUUGGAAGGACGGAGAAGGACAAACAUGUACUUUUUUUGAAAGAAAAAGCUGCAUCUUUAUUUUCCUGAAGUGACUGAAGGUGACUCUUCUGUUCCUGUUUUCACGUCUUUCAAAUUAAAAGUGUUUAUCAUGAUUACUUCAUGUGCGUGUGGGGUGGAAACUUUAAACAUGCAUGCUCAUGGUAACGCCAUUUUCCUUAUUUUAUUUUUUAUUUUUUUGGUCUCAGAGAAGGUUCGCUUGUUUGUCCCACGAGUGUAAUUUUGGACGUUUUUUUUUGUUUUGUUUUUUUUAAAAGAAGUGUCCAGGCACACCUUGUACCAAUGAAAGGAGAAAACAAAAAAGUUUGUAUAGGGCUGUAGGGUGAAAAAAAAACCUACGGAAGAAGAAUCGACUUUACUUUUUACUGGAAGAAGAAAAACGUUUCUUGUAACUGCAGUGGACUCGGAUUGCUCGUCCUCCACGUCUUUAACGCUCCGUUUUAGAGAAUCCGUGUGUAAAUAGAAGCAAAAUGCAUAUUUAAUCAGCGGCGAUGUUAUUCUCUUAUUCCCCUUUAUUCCGUGGGGAUGACUUGGGCUCCUCUUCAGCUUCAUUUCAUGCUCAACGACAGAUGUUUUGAUGUCUCUUUGUUUGUUUUUUGUUUUUUUCUUUUGUUUUUUUUUCUUUCCGUAUUUGUAUCGCUCGAUUGUAUGGACAAGUUGUUGUAUUGUUACUGUUGCACAGUAUAAAACAUCUAAAUAAAACAUUUUACACUUA